GUAACAAAGAAGUGGAGUAAUUUGCGAAAAUGAAUAUUUUCAGACUGGCCGGUGAUUUGUCGCAUUUGCUUGCGAUCAUUUUACUGCUGAUAAAAAUUUGGAAAACCAGAUCAUGCGCUGGAAUAUCGGGCAAAUCGCAAAUUCUUUUCGCCAUUGUCUACAUUAGCCGCUACCUGGACCUGGUGACAACGUUCAUCAGCGUUUACAACACCUUCAUGAAGCUGGUCUUCAUCAGUACAUCCGUGGCAACGAUUUAUUUGAUGUACGUCAAGUUUAAAGCUACCUACGACCACAAUCACGACUCCUUCCGCAUCGAGUUCCUGCUGGUACCGUGCUUUCUGCUGGCCCUAUUGAUCAAUAAUGCCUUCACACCGUUGGAGAUCCUGUGGACAUUCUCCAUCUAUCUGGAAGCGGUGGCCAUUCUGCCGCAGCUGUUCCUGGUCAGCAAAACAGGCGAGGCGGAAAGUAUCACUAGCCACUAUUUGUUUGCCCUCGGUUCUUAUCGUGCACUGUACCUGCUGAACUGGAUCUACCGAUAUUAUGCGGAGGGCCACUACGACUUGAUUGCCAUCUUUGCCGGCGCUAUCCAGACGAUUCUGUACUGCGACUUCUUCUAUCUCUACAUUACGAAGGUUCUUAAAGGCAAAAAGCUACAGCUACCGGCGUAA